UAACUAAAAUUUUACAGUCGUUUUACUAAUCAGGACUGAAUUAAACCCACACAUAUACCAUACCUACGGUAUUUUGCCAACUAUGAGCAUGACUACAAGUUGGGAAAUGCCAUAGCUACCUUUUCCUGAAGUGGGCAGGUUUCCUCACGGCAGAUGUGCUAAUCUGGCAUGUGUCUGAGAGAUCCAGGCCGUUCAUCAAGUAGCACCCAUCGUGAAUAUGCAGUAUCUCCAAAACUAGGUCUCACCAUUCAUUAAUUGGGUGACGCAAAAAUUUGACAUUGGUCAUGUGUCCUCCUUUUCAAUUCUUCUCAUGAACAUCCGUCCUACCCUGAUGAGUGGAGUGACUUAAUUUUUAAGACCGGGGUUCGACGGGGCCCACCUAAAGAAUAAUCACCCGAAUCUCUCACAUGCAUGCCAUGUUGGCGCGUGUAGGGAGAGUAGGAUUUGGAUGACUACUCUUGCGAAUAACUAUAACAUGGCUCCUACAUCUAUAUAUAUGAAUGGCAUGUACAUUCAUGAAUGCUCUGGGCUACUCACAUGGCUACAAAUCCUAGUUCCUCAAGGGAAAAUCACGAGAAGGCUUGCAAGGAGAUACAUGACACAUGGGACCGGCUAAACCACUUGGGCCAAGCCCUGGCCCACAAGACCCGCAUCGAACUACGGCAGAUCAGGGACACAUACAUGGCCAUGUAUGGAGAAGACCUGGCCCAUCAACUCCAAAAGACCCAUGCAACUAACCCCAAGAAUCAGAUAUGUUCUAUCUUGGCCAUGUGGGUGAUGGAUCCACAUGAGCGGGACGCCGUCGUGGCAAGGGAUGCGAUCGAGCAAGGAGAUACCAUGCACAAAGCUCUCAUCGAGAUCUACAUUGGGCGGAAAUCGAGCCAGCUACUCCUCACACAACAGGCCUACAAUGCAAAGUUUAAGAGCCAUCUAGACCAAGAUAUCAGCAUCACCGAACCUCCCACCCCUUACCAAAGAAUUCUCGUCGCCCUUGCGACAUCUCACAAAUCCCACCAUGCUGACAUUAGCCAACAUGUCGCAAAAUGCGAUGCGAAGAGGUUGUUCGAAGCCGGGGAGGGAAGCAUCGGAGCAAUUGACGAGUCGAUAGUCCUUGAGAUACUCACUAAGAGAAGCAUCCCCCAACUCAAGCUCACACUCUCUUGCUACAAACACAUCUAUGGACACGACUAUGUAAAGUCACUGAAGAAGGAAACCUCCGGGGAGUUUGAAGAUUCCUUAAGGGCAGCUAUGAAAUGCAUGUACACACCAUCUAAGUAUUAUGCAAAGGUGUUGUACACGUGCAUCAAAGGGACGAUGACGGACAAAAGCUCCUUGGCACGUGUGAUGGUGAGCAGGGCAGAGAUAGACAUGGAUGAGAUUCAAAGUGUCUUUCAUGGGAAGUAUGGCCUGAAGCUAGAAGAUGCCAUAUGUGAGAGCAUUCCAAAGGGAGACUACAGGGAUUUUCUUCUUGCACUGGCAACAAAGGUUUAAAGUAUCGUCUGAAACCGAUUCAUAUUGCCCGAGACAUAUCGGUCUUGUCCGGAACUAUACAACUAUAUCUGCUGUAUUGGCUGAAAUAGCAUGAUCUGUCCCGGUCGCAAUAUAAAUGAAAUGAUACUCUAUACACCCGCA